UAUUUCGAAUUUGAACCCUGCAAUUCCAUCCUUAAUUUGCUUCAACGUUUGUGCAUCACAAGUGUAUGUGUAAAUGCCUAGAUCAUCAUCAUGCCUUAUUAAUACACAUGAUGAAUCAAAUGCAAGCAAUCAUCAUCUUGAUGCUGAAAGUCCAACACCCCUCUCUGACCACCACCUUAAUUAACCCCACCCACCACUUCUUCCUCACCAUUAAUACCAUUAACAAAGAGAGAGAAAACAAUAUCAUAAUCUUUACCCUCCCUUAAUUACCACUCUCUAUUUUUCUUUCUUUCUGUGUGCUAUAUGGAAAUAUACCCAUGAAACUCAGUUUUACUUUCUGCUCUUUUCUUUGCUAGUAAUGCUUCUCCACUUUACCCAUUUUCUUUCUUCACGCUGAAAACACAAGUUAUGGCCACUCUUGUCUCUUCUUCUUCUUCUUCUUCUCCUCUCACUCAUCACCAUCUUCUCCUUCUUGCUUUCUUCUUGCUCCUAACGAUUGAGGUUCAAUCCACCAACCUUAACUACACAACUGACAGGAAAUUCAGCAGUUUGAGACUCCAAAGGAUUCAGAGACACUUGGACAACAUUAACAAGACCCCUCUCCUCACCAUACAGAGUCCAGAUGGUGAUCUCAUAGACUGUGUCCACAAAAGAAAACAACCCGCUUUAGAUCACCCCCUUUUGAAGAAUCACAAGAUCCAGAGAGUGCCGAGUGAGAUGCCAAAGGGUAUGAAGGUGAAGAAAAAGAGUGAAAUGGGAAUGGGAAUGGGAAUGCAAAAGUGGCACCAAAAUGGGACGCUGUGUCCAAAAGGAACCGUUCCCAUACGGCGAAGCACGGUGCAUGACGUGUUGAGAGCGAAGUCUUUGUUUGACUUUGGAAAGAAACGACGACGUUUCUCUCUCGCACGCAGCGACGCCCCCGAUGUUGUCACCGGCAACGGCCACGAGCAUGCAAUCGCAUACACAGGAUCAUCACAGGAGGUGUAUGGGGCAAAGGCAACAAUAAAUGUGUGGGAACCUUCCAUCCAAGUGGUGAACGAAUUCAGUCUCUCUCAGAUUUGGAUUCUUUCUGGUUCCUUCGAUGGCUCAGAUCUGAACAGCAUUGAAGCUGGAUGGCAGGUCAGUCCGGAGCUUUAUGGUGACACCAGGCCAAGAUUAUUCACUUACUGGACGAGUGAUUCAUAUCAGGCAACAGGAUGCUAUAACCUUCUCUGUGCUGGUUUUGUGCAAACAAACAGCAGAAUAGCCAUUGGAGCAGCCAUUUCCCCCAUCUCAUCUUACGAUGCUAACCAAUACGACAUCACCAUCCUCAUUUGGAAGGACCCCAAAAUAGGGAACUGGUGGAUGAGUUUCGGCGAUGGCACACUGGUGGGGUAUUGGCCGGUGGAGUUAUUCACACACUUGGCCACACAUGCGACGAUGGUGGAGUGGGGUGGCGAAGUGGUGAACACACGUGCGAACGGGGAACACACCUCCACCCAAAUGGGAUCUGGGCAUUUUGCUGGAGAUGGUUUUGGAAAAGCAAGCUAUUUUCGUAACCUUGAGAUUGUAGACACCGACAAUAGUCUUAGCUCGGUGCACAACAUCUUAACCCUAGCUGAGAACACCAACUGUUAUGACAUUAAGAGCUCCUACAGUAAUGAAUGGGGCACCUACUUCUACUAUGGUGGCCCUGGUAACAGCGCUCAGUGCCAGUGAUCACAUCAUAUUCUUCGUUAAUUACGUGACCUACCACCUUUUUCAUUUUACGUAGUAUUGUUUUGAGUUAGUUCAGGUUGAAGUAAUGUGUUAGAUUCUUUGCGUGUACGUAAAUAUAGAAUUAUUGUUGUUCAGCAGCCAUUUCCAUUUGUGUUUCUGCUUUCACCUUUUUGUUUUUGUUUCCUUUGGAAGGGAAGGGAAGGGAAAAUGUAUUUCUGUUGUAGCCAAUAAGUCAUGAAGGAUUUUCUGGACGCAUGUAUAUCCAUGCAUAAACACGAUUGGAAAUGGUCACCUUCAUCUAAUGUUAAAUUUCUUUUCUUU